AAAAAAAAAAACUUGGUUGAUACGAAAGCAACUGCAGACACCACCGACCACCAGAGACACUACAUGUACUCGUCUACACCGUCGUAGACUCUCCUUAAGGGCAUCUGCUCAUCAUGUCUUGCAAGGAGGAGCGCUGUUGAUGUAGUACUUCUGCAUCCUCUGCCCCGAUCUGAAUACGAUGGAUAACCUGAAAAAUGGGCAAAAAGUUUGUGGUACUGUCAUGUCAUGUCGGUUUAUGGCGCGUUGAAGUUUUCAGUGGUGACUUGUUGCCUUUUCUGUGCCAGCACACAGCCGCUCGAGGCGAGCAAGCGAUAUGAUCGACCAUUGUGUCCGUAUCCAGGCCAUAGCUCCUGGGCAUUGCCCUUCUCGACGAGCGAUUCUCUUGGCCAUUUGCCCAUGGCGCUCUCUGGCUCAUUUCCAAUUCGGACACAAGCAGCGCACACGGCACACCCUCCUAAGCUCCAUUGCACGAGUCGCUGGUGUUUUGCAUCAUCCCCAUGAAGGUUUUGCUACAAGUGGCCGCAGCGCUUUCGACGCUGUCGCUGGCAGCAGCAGCCAAGCCCGUCGAGCACGCACUGGACACCACUUUAGGUGGCAACAACGACAGCAUACCAGCGGUCAAGGACGCCAAGUGGUAUUGGGAAAACGACCACCAUUUCACCUCCGAGAACCUCGAUUUCUUUGAGAACUUCGUGCCCCACGACGAGAACCAAACGUGUUCUAGCGACAGACAUGCUACUCCAUUCAACAAGCAAGUCCGCGGUGCCAACCUCGGCGGCUGGCUGGUACUAGAGCCGUGGAUCACUCCUACGCUCUUCUACCAGUUCUUGAGCACGCAGGAGCGCUUUGGCGACAAGGCUCCCGAGAAGACGGCGAUGGAUAUGUACACCUUCUGCACGGCACUGGGCAAGGAAGAAGCCAACCGCCAACUCCGUAUUCACUGGGCUACAUGGGUGACCGAGGCCGACCUGAAAGAGAUGGCAGAAGCCGGCGUCAACUCGCUCCGUGUGCCAGUGGGCGACUGGAUGUUCAACCCGUACGAGCCCUACAUUGGCUGCACGGAUGGUGCCGUCAAUGAACUCGAUCGCGUCGCCAAUCUCGCCUACAAGUACAACAUCGACUUGUUGCUGGACAUCCACGGCCUCAUCGGCUCACAAAAUGGCUUUGACAAUAGCGGGAUGUCCUCGUCUGUCAAGUGGACAUCGAUUGCCAGCACUCGUCCAAUUGGUACCACCACAUUCGAGCACUGGCCGCUACGCUCGGCUGGAUGGGCUGGCGAGUUUGAUCCUGCCACGAACACGUACAAGUCUAUUAACUAUGAGCAUCUGAACCACUCCCUUGCAACCGUGGCGGUCAUCGUCGACCGGUACGCUAACCACCCGGCCAUCAUCGGUCUGGAGCCCGUCAAUGAGCCGUGGGAACUCACGCCAAUUGACCUACUUAAAGACUACUAUUGGAAGUCGUACAAGCGCGUUAAGGCUCGUGCGCCGCAUUGGAAGUUUGUGCUACACGACUCGUUCCGAUUCGGCGUCCAGUACUGGUCGCAGUUCAUGCGUGGUUGCCCGGAUAUCGCACUGGAUACCCACAUUUACCAGGCUUGGAACGCCCCCGGUACACGCUCAGAUUACUUUUCUAAUGCUUGCCAGCAAAAGUACAUGAUUGCCGAUAUGGAGAAUGCCAUGAUGCCUGUUAUCGUGGGCGAGUGGUCCCUCGGCACGGACAACUGCGCUAUGUGGCUCAAUGGUUUCAAUGACAACCUGCCUGGUUUCCCUAAUAUCCAAUGCCGCAUGACACAGUGCCCCGUGCACAGUACCUAUCUCGGUCAGGGCUUCCCGGGUACCCCCUUAGACAUUACCAGGCCGAUCCAGGGUCCAUACGGCACGGGUCAAUCCGGCCCCUCGUUCGGCAAGUGUCCGAUCACCAGCAACACGUCGUUUGGCCAGCAAGAUGACUACGACGAGCGUGAAUUUACGCGCAAUCUGAACAUGAAGAAACUGAACGCGUUCGCGGUGGGUCACGGUUGGUACUUCUGGAACUUCAAGACGGAGUUUGGCUCUCGCUGGAGCUUCCUGGAUCUGGUUCGCAAGGGCGCGUUCCCAAAGAAUGUAUCGAGCUAUCGCGCCGACGAAGAAGUGUUCACGGCCUGUUUGGCAGAGGACAAGGGCGCGUUCGUCUGUGCGGCUAAGCGCGGCGUACACCGUUCCGACCUUGCGAGCGGCCUGGAUUUCGCUUGCGGCGGCAACGACGGCAAGGUGGACUGCACUGGCAUCGACAAGCGCUUCAACACAAUCGAGGAGCGCUGCGACUGGGCAUUCAAUCAGUAUUGGCACGCCCACCGCGAGGAAGGCGCUACGUGCGACUUUGGCGGCGCGGCACAUCUGCUGGCCAUCCCAAAUCCGUCUAGCGUCGAGCGUCAGGAGUUCCAGGUCACGUCGGUUAGCAAGGAGAUCCUCAUCUGGACCCUCGUGUGCAUCGCCGUGGGCUUUACGGGACUGGCUGUCGUCGUUGCCGUCGCGCGUCGCCGGAGGCGGCAGGAAUACUCGCCCUUGAUCGGACACGUUGUGCACGUUUAGGCCUCGUGAUGACAUUGUAGAACACCCGUUAAAUAAGAAACAUGAUCAGCAUUUUGCACGUGAAAUGCGAUGGCGGGAAGCGAAUCGCGCCGAAGGAAUUGCCGCCCCUUCAGAAUAUAGAAUACCGCUGGAAUC